GAAACAUGGCGGACGAGUUGGAUGUUGUGGAUAUAGAAGGAGAUGAAUGUAAUGCAGAUAAAAGUGACCUUAGUGAAGCAGUGUUACUCCAGGAUCAGUACUUACAAACAGCAUGGAGGACUGACCCUUCUAUUCUGCCCUGGACCCUGGAUUCCUCAAUCAGUAAUGAGAAUCGAGAGGUGAUCGAGAGUAUGCUUCUGGAAGAGCAGUACUAUUUUGCUGGUAAGAAGGUCUCUAACAUUGUGUGGACUGAAGACAAGUCUAAAGUAAAGAAAUCAUCAGUUAAGAGUUCUGGAGCUCCAGCACGCUGGGGCCAGGAGGAAAAGGACCUCUUUGAGAAAGGAAUAGCUCAGUAUGGGCGGAGGUGGACUAAGAUUGCAAAGCUGAUCGGCACCAGAACUGUUCUGCAAGUGAAGAGCUAUGCCAGACAAUACUUCAAAAACAAGGCUAAAACUGAAGGUCAUGCUGACAUGUCCCCUGCUAAGCCCAGAAGCUCGCUGCUUCAUGCACCACCAGUGGUUUUGAGCCUUCCCUCUGUCCAACCUCAAACUGAUGUUCUGGCCAACGCUGUACGUAUUGAACGACUAUCUGACGACGAGGAUGUUGAUAUCACUGAUGAUCUCAGUGAUGAUACAAGCCAGCCUGAAAACCACUUAGAUUUCAGGGAUGAGUCCAAAGGUUUGAAUCAGCAUCGUUAUCAGAACUCAUGCUCAUGUAGUGCGCUUUACUGGCAGACUAAAACUGUCUCUAAUGCAGGGGUAACAUCUGACGGGCAUGCUGAGGUAACCUCUGAGGAAAACAGCUGUUACUUUUCGACACUGAUUAAGUCUGAACCUGCAGAGCAAACAAUGGCUUGCUAUGCCGACCCUAGCUCAAAUGCACUUCCCUCGCCCAGGCAUGAGAAUGCUGAAGAUGUUGAACAUAGUCUACCGGAGGAGACUGAAGAGGAAGAUGAGGAGAUGCUAAAGGUCCCUGAACAGGAAGUGAUGCUUGAUAAAAGCACAAUUAUGGAAGAAGAAAAGCAGGCCAUCCCAGAGUUCUUUGAGGGUCGUUCAUCCAAAACUCCAGAGAGAUAUUUAAAGAUACGCAACUAUAUUCUACAGCAGUGGGAGAACAGUAAACCCAAGUACUUGAAUAAGACAUCAGUCCGUCCUGGCCUGAAGAACUGCGGGGAUGUGAACUGCAUUGGAAGAAUACAUACCUACCUGGAGCUAAUAGGGGCAAUCAACUUCAACUGUGAGCAGGCCAUCUAUAACCGUCCUCGGCCAGUGGACCGCUCUCGACUGAAAGAGAGCAGAGACAGCCUGGAGGCCUAUCAGCUGGCUCAGAGACUGCAAUCCAUGCGUACAAGAAAGCGGCGAGUUCGGGAUGCUUGGGGAAACUGGCGUGAUGCCAGAGAUUUGGAAGGCCAGACUUAUGAGCAUUUAAGUGCAGAAGAGCUUGCCAUCAGGAGGGAGGAAAUGAGGAAGAGGCAACCAAAAGCCAGUAAAAUCCCUAAACAACGAGGAUCUUUUGAUCCUUUCCAACUUGUUCCGUGCAAGGAUUUCGGAGAAGAGAGACAGGAACCAUUCAGUGUGAUUGUGUAUGCUGAAGCCCUGCUUGUCAUGGACAUGCAUGCCCAUGUCUCUAUGGGAGAGGUGAUUGGACUCCUGGGUGGAUCUUACAGUGAUGAUGAAAAGGUGUUGAGGAUUUGUGUAGCAGAACCAUGUAACAGCCUGAGUACUGGAAUGCAGUGUGAAAUGGAUCCUGUCUCCCAAACUCAAGCAUCUGAGCUGCUUGAAGCCAAGGGUCACAGUGUAGUUGGUUGGUAUCACUCCCAUCCAGCCUUUGACCCCAACCCUUCACUCAGAGAUAUUGACACCCAGGCUAAAUACCAGAGUUAUUUCUCUCGAGGAGGAGCUCCAUUUAUAGGGAUGAUUGUGAGUCCAUACAAUCCCAGUAAUUCCUCCCCUGUAUCCCAGAAGACCUGUCUCUUGGUGGAGGAAGAGACCAGUUCUGCAGGCAUUCAGAAAGUUCCAUACAAGUUUGACUACCAAGUUUCCACAAAGCAUCCUGACUGGAUGGAGGUGAUGAGAAGAGCAGAAUGGGUGGUGUUCAAGUACAGGCAGUCUUACGGGUGUGUACCCAUGGAAAGGCUCUACCGGAGAGAUUCUUCACUUACAUGCCUGGAAAAGAUGCUCACGUCCCUCAGGAAGAUUCUCACAGAAACACCGGAAACAGAGACUUUUCUGGUCCAGAUUGAAACACUGUUCAUUUCACAUUUUAAUGAAAAGCAUGAGACUGCACACGCGUCUGGCUUCUCUAAUCUUCACGACCUGAACACACAGUCUCCAUUACACACUUUUUCUAUUUCUGAGGCUGCAGAUGACAGUGAAGCACUGGAUUUUGAGGGGAUGUAUAUGACUGAGGAAAAGCCAAUCACUAAAACUGAUACAAGCUUAAAUGAUUUGAGUUUUACUCAGUAAAAAACAGAACUCUAACACUUAGUCCAAAAAUUUUGUAAUCAUGCACUUCUAAAUUGAUUAUAGGACUAGCCGAUAUGAUUAAAAUUCAUGUCUCUUUGUUCAUAAGAUAUUAAUAGUUAUCAGUAUUGUUCUUCCUAAAUGUUAGUCUUUUUUAAUCUGUACAUGUAUGUAUGUUUAUAUUUUGUUGUAUUAAUCUUAUCUGCUGUAAUACAGAUCGUUAAAUAGAAUUAUUAAUUAUACCAAUUUCAUAUUUAACAUCCAGCACUGUUAGCUGUUUUAUUAGUCAACCAAAAGUUGACUAACAAUAGUACCUAAGCCCAAUUUUAAACUUGUAACCUGUAAACUUGUAAAAGAUGAACAUAAUGUAGGACAGAAUGUAGUUCUUCAUCUAGUUGCUCUUACCAGACCUGAGAGACAGUGUAAUGUAUAUGAAGUGUUGUUAUAGUAAGAAUUGUUAUAGUAAGAAUUGUUGUAAUAUAAUCUAGGCUGACCUUAUGAAAGCAAAACUAAUUCUAUAAUUUACAAUGUAAAAUACAGUACUUGGUUUUAAUAGUUUUGGAACACACGAACAAAUUGCACCCAGAGCAAAUCAAUUGACCAACCUGACUAAUAUAACUGGAUCAAAUACAAGUUGCACAGCUUUGCCAUUAUUCUCACUUUGCUUAAUUUAGGAUAAAUUGGAUCUUUUCCUCAUGUUAGGACUAAACAAACACAGACAUGGAAGUACUUAUUUUUUACAGUAUUGUUUUUUACAGAAGAAAUAUCAAGUGUCAAGAAUUGCAUAUAUAUAUUAUCAUCACUCAGUAUGUUUUGUAAUAAAUAUUAUUUCAUUUAUUAUUUCAUUUAUAAAGUUGUUUUUUAUUAUAUUUAUAUAUAUACACACACAACCCCAAAUCAGGAAAAAGUUGGGACAGCAUGGACAAUAACAUGUACUUUGACUUUUAUUUCAUUGCAGACAGGAUGAACCUGAGAUAUUUCAUGUUUUGUCUGGUCAACUUCAUUUCAUUUUUUAAUAAACAUCCA